AUGUAAAUAUUUGAAUUUUCCAUUCGUUUGCAGAUGGCUUAAAGUUUCCGAUUGUCUAGGGUUGAAAAUUCACCUCGGGUAUGUGUUGCUAGGCGAGUGUAAAAGCAUAAGAAAGAACCAUUUAUACAUUCUCUAGACUAUUAUAAGGUUAGAGGUUUUUUAUUUUUUCUGUAUAAACGACUUCAUCCGACUUCCCAAAGUUUACAUAGUAGCUUUCAUCACCUUGUCGCCUACCUGCACAAACUCUUUCAAAUUCGCAUAAAAGAUACUAAAUAACCGAGUGCCUAUAAUCGAUAUUCAUAGUAAAUAAAUAACAAUCGGUGAUUGUUUACAAUUAGUAAAGGCGAGGGAAGCGAAAAGAUUAUUAUUCAUGAAUGAAAAUGGGCCAUAAAAUUCUCCCCAGAUUCGAUUAGAGCCAAUUGAAAUCAUUCGUCGUCAGCGCUUGCGGGAUUUUCGUGCUAUUUAAUACCUUAACAAGAAUAUUACAAGUGGGUAUAUGGAGUUGGGGAUCGUUUCCUAUAAUUGUACAAAUCAUUGUGCAGCUUUAUUUCCUGGAGAGAAUUCAAUAUUUUGAGCUCAUGCGGUAUAAUUGUCAUUUAAUAACGGGUGUAAUUAGGUAAAUCAUUCUCUGGCACUAAUAAGUAUCUUAAGGUCGUUAUUGUCAAGUACUGGCUCGGUAUUUUCUUAUAUUUUUCCGAGGUGCCCAACUAUCCGCUCAGUUGUUGCUGUUUUCGGUUGCUAGUUGCGAGGUCAGUGGAACAUAAACAUGCCAUAAAUCAUCCGGCGAAAGUGUGAGGGAAUUCGCGGAGGAGGUGAAGGUGGCUCGUGCUGGGAAUCUCUUUUAUUUUUGGACAUAUUUUUGUCCUUCCUCAUCCUGCACUGAACUCGUCAUACUGACAUUUGGGGCGCGCGGAAUGUGAAGUUAAGAUUCAUUUAGUCGUUGGGCGCACAUAUACGAAAAAGCGAUUCGUCGACACUUUGUAGCCCAUCGCAAAUCUAAAACUGUCAACAGACUCAUUAAUUAUGACUUGGUCAUAGUGGUGAAAAAUGGGUCGUGGCCCACGAUUCGGCCGGAAACAUUCUGUGUCAAAUUUGUCAUUCAUCAGGUUUGUGUGUGUGUGCUCUUCUCUUAGCCUUUUGUUUCUGACAGGAACAAGGCUCGGUCCUGUGUCCACCGGUUUGGGCCAUCUAGUGAUUUGGGCCCAUUGUUUAGCUGAAGUGUUUGAUGGGCCGUUGGCUACAUUUGUGCGUUAUGAAUUUGGGUUAAGUGUGGGCAUGAUAAGGGUUGUGCGAUAAAAAGUUUGGAGCACUGGACAUGUAAGGCUGUCUGACAGAAUACACUUUUUUGAAUCAAGGAACAGCAAAUUUAUCGCUAAUGUUCCAUAGGAUUUAAAUUUAUAAUAUGAUCAUUAAGUUGUUAAUAGCAUAAUGUGCUGCUGGAGAUAAUGGCAUGCAUUAGCCACAAACCACCAAGAGCCCAUAUAUAAUAAAUAUAUAAUAAUUUACGAACCGUGAGUGACACCUCAUUAUCGCGUCCCCUUAGACAGCAUCAAUCACCCCGAUAACCCGAGAAUUCGCUGCAUUUGAGCCACGUUGAGCGCAUAAAACCAGCAAUCACAGUGAAUUCCAUUUGCUGUCGUGCAAUAUAUACGUAACAGAAGAAAAAAAACAAUAAAGUGCAACUGAAGCGGAAAGUGAAUGCAAAGUGAAUGAAAUAAAUUCGAACUGCGGCAGAGAAGUGAGUGAGCUGAGUUUAAGGAACCGCAACGGCAGCCGAGAAUCAUGAGCGAGAAACGAACCGCACACAAAACUGUCAUCAAAUGACAAAUGCUUGACAGCAUCAAUCAACAAAAGCGACUACAGCGACGAUGGCAGCACGUUGCCGGUGGAGCUGGCGCCUGGCGCUCUGCCCUCUGCUGUUGCAACUGCUACUGCUGCCAGCGGCGAUGGGCCAUGAUGAAACCAAAGAAAGUCCCGCUCCGGCCAUGCAAAAGCGCCAGGAGCAGCAGCCAUAUGCCCACCUGCAGCAUCUGCAACAUCUGCAGCAGCAGCAGCAGCAACAGCAGCAGAAAAAUCCACAAACAGUCAAGCAACUUAGCCAAAUUACCGUGAAUAUAACUGCGAAAUCUGCCUCUGCCUCUGCCACUGCCACGCCCACGGGCAUCAGGGAGAACGUGAUGCUGCCAUCGGCCGAUCCCGAGAAGGAGGCCCAGAUCCUGUACGAGAAGUCCUUGCAGGAGUACCACGGCAGCCAGCUCUCCACCGCCUCCACCUCCACCUCCGCCUCCGCCGACGUCAUCGCCGGCAAGCGGACGCUGCACUCCAUUUGUGAGCGGUGGCAGCAGAAGCACUGCCACUGCACCGGCAGCCUGGAGGUCCUGCGGCUCAGCUGUCGGGGAAUAGGGAUCCUGGCCGUGCCGGUCAACCUGCCUAGCGAGGUGGUCGUCCUAGAUUUGGGUAACAACAACUUAACCAAAUUGGAGGCGAACUCAUUUUUUAUGGCGCCCAAUCUGGAGGAGCUAACUUUGUCCGACAAUAGCAUCAUUAAUAUGGAUCCCAAUGCAUUCUAUGGCCUGGGCAAACUGAAGCGAUUGAGCCUGCAGAACUGCGGCCUCAAGUCAUUGCCACCGCAGUCGUUCCAAGGACUUGCUCAGCUGACCAGCCUACAGCUGAAUGGCAACGCCCUGGUCAGUCUGGAUGGCGAUUGUCUGGGCCACCUGCAGAAACUGCGCACCUUGCGAUUGGAGGGCAAUCUCUUCUAUCGCAUUCCCACGAAUGCCUUGGCCGGACUCAGAACCCUAGAAGCACUCAAUUUGGGCAGCAAUUUGUUGACAAUAAUAAACGACGAGGACUUUCCGCGAAUGCCAAACUUGAUCGUGCUUUUGCUGAAGCGAAAUCAAAUCAUGAAAAUCUCCGCGGGAGCUCUAAAAAAUUUAACCGUCCUAAAAGUUUUAGAACUGGACGAUAAUUUAAUAAGCAGCCUGCCCGAAGGACUCAGCAAAUUGUCGCAACUGCAGGAGCUUUCCAUCACCAGCAAUCGACUGCGCUGGAUAAACGACACGGAACUGCCCAGGAGCAUGCAAAUGCUGGACAUGAGGGCCAAUCCCCUGUCCACAAUUUCGGCAGGAGCGUUUCGGGGGAUGACCAAGUUGCGGAAGCUGAUUUUGUCGGACGUGCGAACUUUGCGCUCGUUUCCCGAACUUGAGGCCUGCCAUGCGCUGGAAAUACUGAAACUGGAUCGAGCCGGCAUCCAGGAGGUGCCAGCGAAUCUAUGCCGUCAAACGCCAAGACUGAAGAGCUUAGAACUAAAAACCAAUUCCCUGAAACGCAUCCCAAAUUUAAGUAGCUGCAGAGACUUAAGGCUGUUAGAUCUAUCGAGCAAUCAAAUUGAAAAGAUUCAGGGGAAGCCCUUCAAUGGAUUGAAGCAAUUGCACGACCUGUUGCUCUCCUACAAUCGAAUCAAGGCACUGCCACAAGACGCCUUUCAGGGCAUUCCGAAGCUCCAACUUCUGGACCUGGAGGGCAACGAGAUCUCGUACAUACACAAGGAGGCCUUCUCCGGCUUCACAGCCCUCGAAGAUCUCAAUUUGGGCAACAAUAUUUUUCCAGAGUUGCCCGAAUCGGGUCUGCGCGCUUUGCUACACUUGAAAACCUUCAACAAUCCUAAGCUUAGGGAGUUUCCCCCACCUGACACCUUUCCCAGGAUCCAGACUCUUAUACUCUCGUAUGCGUACCACUGCUGCGCCUUUCUCCCACUGGUGGCCAUGUCCUCCCAGAAGAAAACCUCCCAGGUCCAGGAGGCGGUCCUCUUUCCCUCCGAUGCGGAGUUCGAUAUGACUUUGUGGAACAAUAGCAUGAUGAAUAUCUGGCCGCAAAUGCAUAAUCUCAGCAAGCAGUUGGGUGCCUCCAUGCACGAUCCUUGGGAGACGGCUGUUAGCUUCAACGAGGAGCAGCUGCAAACGCAGACGGGAGGCCAAAUCGCCACCAGCUACAUGGAAGAGUACUUUGAGGAGCACGAUGUGAGUGGUCCUGCCACGGGAUACGGCUUUGGUACUGGACUAUUCUCUGGUAUGUCCACCGAGGACUUUCAGCCCGGUGCGGUGCAGUGCCUGCCAAUGCCAGGACCUUUUCUGCCCUGCGCCGAUCUCUUCGAUUGGUGGACCCUGCGCUGUGGAGUGUGGGUGGUGUUCCUUCUCUCGCUCCUGGGCAACGGAACGGUGGUGUUUGUGCUGCUGUGCUCGCGAUCUAAGAUGGAUGUGCCCCGAUUUCUAGUCUGUAAUCUGGCCGCGGCGGACUUCUUCAUGGGCAUCUACCUGGGCAUCCUGGCCAUUGUGGAUGCGGCGACGUUGGGCGAAUUUCGCAUGUUUGCCAUUCCGUGGCAGAUGUCCGUGCUCUGCCAGUUGUCCGGCUUUCUCGCCGUACUCAGCUCGGAAUUGUCGGUUUACACGUUGGCGGUGAUCACUUUGGAGCGCAAUUACGCCAUCACUCAUGCCAUUCACCUGAACAAGCGGCUGUCCUUGAAGCAGGCGGGAUAUAUAAUGAGUGUGGGCUGGGUUUUUGCCUUGAUCAUGGCCUUGAUGCCGUUGCUGGGAGUUUCGGACUACAGGAAGUUCGCCGUGUGCCUGCCAUUCGAGACUACCACUGGACCGGCCAGCUUGACCUAUGUAAUCUCACUGAUGUUCAUCAACGGCUGCGCUUUUCUCACUCUGAUGGGCUGCUACCUGAAGAUGUACUGGGCCAUUAGGGGCAGCCAGGCAUGGAACACGAAUGAUUCGCGAAUUGCCAAGCGUAUGGCUCUGUUGGUCUUCACGGAUUUCCUCUGCUGGUCGCCGAUCGCCUUCUUCUCCAUCACUGCCAUCUUCGGUCUGCAACUGAUUUCGCUGGAGCAGGCCAAGAUCUUCACGGUUUUUGUGCUGCCCUUGAAUAGCUGCUGCAAUCCAUUUCUCUACGCCAUCAUGACCAAGCAGUUCAAGAAGGACUGUGUGACGUUGUGCAAACACUUCGAGGAAUCCCGCGUUGUGGGCGGCGGAGGACCGGGUGGCCGUGGUGCAGUGGCAAGAACCAAGAGGGGAGAGCUGCCGCCGCCACUCCUGCCCGCUGCGGCGGUGGCACAUCCGCCAGGCUGUCGAUGCCUACGGAUGCUGCCCAGCGAAAUGCCCAACUGGCACAAAAUGGAGCAGACGCCCAGCUUGUGGCAGAGACUGAGAGCCUUCUGCUGCGGGGAGAGUCGGAGGCGCCGCAAACAGCGUCGGCAACCGCAGCAGCGACGUCAGAGAGCCUAUACUGCCGCAGCCGCCAAUCCGUAUCAGUAUCAAUUCGCCGAACUGCGUCAGCAACGCCAGAAUCGAGCCAGUUCCAUUUCCAGCGAGAACUUCUGCAGCUCCAGGUCCUCCAGCUGGCGACAUGGUCCACCAUCCUCAGCUCCCGUGCCACCGGGUAACUGCAGCAUGCCGCUAAAGAUGCUGGAGCCACAUGCUCACCCGCACGGCCAUGGCAGGAGGCGUCACUCCGCAUGGCUGAUCACGCGGAAGACGUCGCAGGACUCAAACUUGUCCAGCUCGCGAAACGACUCCUCCGCCUCGGCCACCACCGCCAGCACAUCCACCUUCCGGUUAUCCCGGUCGAGUGCCGGCAGCAGCACACCCCUGCCCUCGAUCAUAGCCCACAACGGGAAGACCCAGUUGGAUGCAGUAAAACCACGUUUGGUCCGCCAAGAAGCAGUGCAGGAGGAGGAGGACUCCUCGCCACCUCGUCUGGGAGUGCGUUUUCUGCCCACCAUACCCUCAGCUGCCGACAGUUCUGUCGUCAUGGAGGAUGGGGACUCGGUUAACACGGGAGUGGCCAGUUUUCUGGGCAUGCCACUUCCUGGGGCGUCCAGUGGCUUCCUGAUAGCGCCAACCACUGCUACCACCUCCCCACCGCCGGUGGUCCUGCAGCCGGCCAAGCCGCCUCCCGAUCCCAACGACGCACCACUAUGAUGGUGGGACUGGCGCUGGCGAAGAUUGGGUGGGGCCAACCGUGAGACCUUUCUGUAAAAGUAAUGGGGAACAGGACAAAAGCUGACUGUGUUCAUAGAUUGUAUUUGGGGUGGGAUGGGGAGGUGAUGAGGGCUGUUCCGUGGGUUUAAGGACUUUAGGCUAAGAAAGACAGAAAUUAAUGAAAUUCGCAUUAGGCAUACAAAAUAUAAUGUAUUUGUAGCGUUAAGUAGCCAAUUUGUUAAGUAAAAACAAACGAGGAUCAGGAUCCCAGUAAAUCAACACACAAGCCCAAAGGAUAACAACGUUGAAAGGAUCAGUUACAACUCUAGUUUCUCAGAUGUUAAAACACCAAAAACAAAAUUGGUUUUUCGAGUUUCGUGCUUCGACUGGACGUAAAAUUGUAUCAAUUAUAAUUUAGAUAUUUAUGUGACCUUUCUUCGAUUGUCAGCAACUUCGUAUAAUUUAAAGUUUAUGAACAGCACCUUGAGAAACUGAAGCUGACAUGGAGUAUUAAGUAUUACCUAAUUUAUUACGGUAGAUUACGUUUGUAACUUUUAACCAUGCAUGUUUAGCUUAACUAUAUAUACAUAUAUGCAUAUAUAUGUAUAUUUAUAUACGUGUGUAUUAUUUUCGAUGCCAAGCAUCCUUCGGUGUAAACUUAAUCGAACGAGAAGAUUGUAAAGGAAACCAAGCCAUAAACAUUGAAAUUAAAAAUAUUUCCACAUAAGAACAAUUGAAUUUUUCCGUCCUUAGUUUAGAACCUUCGAAAAACUGAAAAGUCGUAUAAAGUUCCUCUUUGCUCUAGGGGUUUCCAA